AUGGUGUAUUUUAAAGUUCCUCUUGCUACUAGUACUAGUACAACCACCAUAUAUACACCAGACCCUUCUAGCCCUCUUUUCAUUCACUCUUCUGAUAUUCCUAGAACUUGUUUAGUCAGUAUUCCAUUUAACGGGUCUGGUUAUGGUGGAUGGAAAAGGAGUAUGAUAGUUUCUUUAUCGGCUAAGAACAAAAUAGGUUUUGUGGAUGGAUCAUGUCCUAAGCCAAUGCCUAAUGAGAAUCCUGCGAUGGUUUGUCAAUGGGACAGAUGCAACAAUAUGGUUAUUUCUUGGUUAACUAGCUCUCUUUCACCAACUAUUGCUGAGAGUGAACAAUACUCGGAGACAGCUGGAAGUAUUUGGAAGCAGUUAGAACGUAGGUAUGGGACUGUAAAUGGAACUAAAACUUUUGAGAUAAAAAGGGAAUUAGCUUCUACUCAGCAAGGUUCUCUUGAUGUUGCUUCAUAUUUUAACAAAUUAAAGAAGCUUUAG